AAACCCGUCAUGGUUCAUUAAUGUUCUUGUGAACCCAACUAUUCCUUACAACAUGGAAUUUGCUAAUGAAGGACUCAAUCAGUCUCUCCUCCUUCAGAAGCCACCAUCUUCUCCACCAGAGUCAUCAGCCACAGGCCACCAAACAAGCAAUCAUCUUGAAAAAAUACUCACAGAUCCCCUAUUACCCAAGUUCAAACGUUUCCAGUUAGCCACCUUGAUCGAGCUGAAGCUCCUCUUCCAUCUUGCUGCCCCAGCAGUUCUUGUCUACAUGAUCAACUAUCUCAUGUCCAUGUCUACCCAGAUCUUCUCCGGCCAUCUUGGUAAUCUCGAGCUCGCCGCUGCCUCUCUUGGCAAUAACGGUAUUCAAGUUCUUUCCUAUGGCGUCAUGUUGGGAAUGGGAAGUGCAGUUGAAACUCUCUCAGGGCAAGCUUAUGGAGCAGGGAAGUACGAAAUGCUAGGCAUCUACCUCCAAAGAGCAACCAUCAUACUCAUGGCAGCUGGGAUCCCAUUGACUUUUAUCUACAUCUACUCCAAGCCCAUCUUGAUCUUCCUUGGCCAGUCACCCACCAUAGCAUCAGCCGCCGCCGUGUUCGUCUACGGCCUUAUCCCUCAAAUAUUCGUCUACGCCGUUAACUUCCCCAUACAAAAAUUCCUGCAAGCACAAAGCAUCGUCGUCCCAAGCGCCUUAAUAUCGACCGGAACACUCGUUCUGCAUCUCUUCUUUAGCUGGCUGGUUAUUUACAAGGUUCAACUUGGCUUGUUUGGAGGCUCCUUGUUGUUGAGUUUAUCUGGUUGUGUUAUGGUAGUGGCUCAGUUCAUCUAUAUAGUGAAAAGUGAGACGUGUAAGUACACAUGGACCGGGUUUAGGAUCGAAGCGUUCUCCGGUUUGACGGAGUUUUUGAAAUUAUCAAUUUCUUCGGCUGUGAUGUUGUGCUUGGAGACUUGGUAUUUUCAGAUUCUGGUUUUGAUUGCUGGGCUGCUUGAGAACCCUCAGCUUGCAUUGGAUUCUCUCUCCAUAUGCACGACAAUUAAUGGUUGGGUCUUUAUGAUUUCAGUGGGUUUCAAUGCGGCUGCAAGUGUGAGGGUAAGCAAUGAGCUUGGAGCUGGAAACCCUAGAUCAGCAGCAUUCUCAGUGAUAAUAGUGACUUUAUUAUCAUUUACAAUUGCGGUAAUCAUUGCUGUAGUCAUCCUACUGCUGCGUCAUGUCAUCAGCUACGCUUUCACCGAUGGGGAAGUUGUUGCUAAUGCAGUCUCAGAGUUGUGUCCAUUGUUAGCUAUCACUCUCAUACUCAAUGGUAUCCAACCCGUCUUAACAGGUGUGGCUGUUGGUUGUGGGUGGCAAACAUUUGUUGCAUAUGUUAACGUUGGAUGCUACUAUGUAAUUGGGCUCCCAUUGGGACUUCUCCUAGGUUUUAAGUUCAAGUUUGGAGCUAAGGGACUAUGGUCUGGAAUGAUAGGUGGCACGGCAAUGCAGACUAUUAUUUUAUUGUGGGUUACUUAUCGGACGGAUUGGAAUAAGGAGGUGGAGAAAACUAUGCAACGUUUGGAUGAGUGGAAAGUCAAGCAAGAACCAGUAGAAAAAGAUUGAUGGAAAUUUAGAAAGCAUUGGAUAAGGGACAUACAUGG